AUGUCGCCAACAUGCUGCUCUCAUGAAGUAUGUCUGUGACCUCGCAGAGCUACCUCUCAGCUACAGUAUCGCUCCGUCAUAGACUGUAAACUAACACCACCGCCCUCCACAAUGCUUCCGCCAUUCAUGCAACGCGUCGACUCCAUCAAUGCCCUGUCCGACGAUGCAUUCACCCAGCAAUUCCUCCCAGCUUCCUCCUCGGACCUCUCAUACACGCCGACACCUUCAAUCUCAACACCAGUCCCGCCCUCGUACACGCUACAUCUGCAUCCAAUAGCCUCAAUGUCCAAGUCCGACCUCAAAACCUGCUUCGACCUCGUCGAACACACGUCCGCAGGGGACUAUCGCGCAAGCACAAAGGGCUGGAAGCCGCGCGCAAAAUGGCGCGAGAUGGCCGAAGCGGACAUGCGCUACCUGCUUGUCCGCGCGGCACCUCCACAGGAAGUCGAGGGGGGAGAGAGACCUAUCCUUGCAUUCAUGUCCUUCAUGAUCACGGUUGAAGAUGCGAGGCCGGUGGUGUAUAUAUAUGAGAUACACCUAGCGGAUGCGGUGCGGAGGCAGGGCAUUGGCGCGCAUCUGAUGCGUGUUGUGGAGCACAUUGCGGUCAAGACGGGUAUGGAGGCUCUCAUGUUGACGGUCUUUCGCAGCAAUGAAGGUGCGAGGAGGUUUUAUGCUACUAUGGGCUUUGGGGUGGAUGGGUGUAGUCCCAGGGACCGAGUGCUCAGGGGUGGCAAGGUCAAGAGAUGUGAUUAUCUGAUCAUGAGCAAGGGGGUCGGUGAGAGUCCGGGCUCUGCGCAAGAAGAGGAGUGGGAAGAUGAUGCUGCCGAUGAUGUUGACGACACUGGAUGAGCGACUGUUUAAAUUUCGUCUACAUGAGAUGUCCUGCCGUGAGAGGAACGGGCAAGGCGGAACGACGACCCGACACCUCACACGACCAUGCGCAUCUUCAGCUUGUCGGUCCCCUCAAUC